AUGGAAUCUGCUAAUCAAAUUGUGAAUUUCCAUUGAUUUUCGUUAAUUUUACCUCUAAAUCUGUUUAAAUUUGUGUGCAAAUUCGGGCUGUAUAGUGUGACGCUCCCUGGAGUGUAGUUAAACUAUGUAGUUGUUCAACUAAACAGUGUUAAAAUAGAAGUUAUCAGAUACUGUUGAUGUUUUUCACUUGAAGUUUUGGAAAAUCGGCAGAAUGUCACUUCCUGGGAAUGGGAUCUUUGUGGUGCAGGGGGAGAUGGCGAUGCUCGUCACUGCCAUGCGACGAAGCACUCGCUGGGGCUCUCAUUCCUUUCCGAACGAGGAGUACGAUGUUUUAAUGAGGACCUUUCAAGAUUUGAAGACUAUUUUGAGUCAAGUAGACGACCUGCGUCUUCUUGACCCUCCAACAUACCUUAGCCCUUUCUUAGAAGUGAUAAGAAGCAAAGAGACGACUGGUCCUGUGACUAGUCUAGCUCUUUCUUCCAUACACAAGUUUUUGUCUUAUGGAUUGAUUGACCCGACGCACCCCAGCGUACCAGCCACAGUAGAAGACAUAGCAGAUGCUGUAACACAUGCCCGCUUCGUCGGAACUGAUCAUUCUUCAGAUGGAGUAGUACUCAUGAAGAUUUUACAGGUGCUCCGUACGCUGAUGCUGAGUCCGGAAGGCGUCAUGUUGACUGAUGAGAGCGUCUGUGAAAUCAUGCUUAGUUGCUUCAGAAUAUGCUUCGAGACGAGGCUCACAGAACUACUCCGGCGCAACGCGGAGCAGUGUCUCCGCGAUAUGACGCAACUGAUCUUCAUGCGACUGCCUCAGUUCCCUCCAGAAGACGCGGCAACUGCUGCCUUUAGCACCAUUGGCCUGUCGCUUAAGAAACGCGAUAAGGCUGCUAAGAAAAAAAGUUUAACUAGUGUUCAUAGUACUAAUUCACUGGACAGGAAGUCUCCUACAGAGCCUCCGGUUGUAACGCCAGUGGACAUGGAAGACAAGGACGUCAAAGUUGACAGUCUGAGACAUAGCCAAGACAAAAACUUAAUAAACGAAGCAGAAAUAACAAUAGAACCAGUGGACCCAGUAAAGACUCCCACCAAGAAGCACGGUAGACAUUCUUCUAUGGACCUAGCUGCUAACGGAAACACGUCAAUCACACAGCUACUGGAGAAAUGUGUUAGUAAUGUUGAGGAUAAACUGGAGGGAGAAACGGAGAAGAAAGAAGAACCACAGCCAACCCCAGAGUUACCAGAACCACCAGUAGAAAACAAGUCUCCUGUCCCGGAAGAACCAGUGGACAAGGAGAAGCUGGAGGAAUACGUAAACCACAGAGGCAUCAGGUUCACUCCUCAAGAUGAGGAGCUGAAUCUACAGCCGUAUGGCUUGGUUUGCGUUAGGGAACUUUUUAGAUUCUUAAUAUCGCUGUGCAAUCCGCUGGACACGCAGAACACGUCAGCGAUGGUCCACCUGGGCCUGUGCCUCGUCGGCACCGCCCUCGAAGUGGGAGCUGACCAGAUCGCCAACUACCCCUCACUUCUGUAUCUAGUCAAGGACCCGCUGUGCAGGAAUUUGCUUAGCUUACUGAGCACAGAAAGAAUUUCAAUUUUCGCGCUAGAUCUUCAAAUUUCGUUUCUCCUCUUCGAAGCCUUACGAUUCCACCUUAAAUUCCAAAUGGAGGCAUUCUUCAAAAAGAUAAUCGAAAUAAUAUCAAUGGACACAGUAAAAGCCACUUACGAGCUUAAAGAAAUACAUCAUUUAGCAAUCGAAAGUCUUUCACAGUUAUUUCGAAUACCGAGUCUGUGUACCGAGUUAUAUUUAAACUACGACUGCGAUGUAUAUAGUAUUAAUGUUUUUGAAGAAAUUACCAAAUUAUUAUCUAAAAAUGUGGUAUCAAGUACCGCUUACAACAUACAUUCGUUAUGUUUGGAGGCUCUGAUGACGAUUAUUGAAGCUAUAGAAGCUGGAAGUCAAAAGGAAAAGAGCGAGACGGAAGUACAGAUUCUUGAGGAAGAGAAAGAGACAAAAUGUAGCCGCGGAGAUCAUAUUACGUUAGAGCUUGGCGGUAUGGACGAUUCGUCGGUAGUUAGUGAUCAUGUUACGCACGAUAUUAGUCAGUAUGUCGGUGGAGGAAGGUUGGGAAGGCAUAAGAUUGCGUCGGAAUUACCCACUGAAGCAGAGUUGGAUAAUAUUAGAAAUAUGAAAAAGUGGGUAACACAGGGCACAGAACUGUUCAACCAAAAGCCUGAACGAGGGAUAGAAUUUCUCCAAGAGCACGGAGUACUGACUACACCACUGUGCCCACACGAAGUUGCCAUCUUUCUGAGAGAGAACCCCUAUUUGGACAAGACAAUGAUUGGUGACUAUAUCUGCAAACGAUCCUCCCGCGGUGAAGACGACGGCCCAAGCGUACUUAGUGCGUUCGCAGACAGCUUCGACUACGCCGGCCUGCGCAUCGACCAAGCCCUCCGACUGUACUUAGAGACGUUCAGGCUGCCGGGAGAGGCGCCACUUAUCUUUCUGGUCAUGGAGAAGUUCGCUGAACGCUGGCAUUUCUUUGGUCACAUUCCACGCAAAAGCGCUGACAGUCUCGAGAGCGUGAUUGUUACGGGCAGGAUUGAGGGCAAACGACCUAGAGGUCGAAGUUCGAAACGAUGGUGUGACCAGGUGGUUGAAAGUCUGACAGUACCAGUGAGCGUCGCAUUCCACCUAGCCAAAGACAGAGUGCAGUGGAGAGGAUUGAUUGACGGUAUACUUGUUCAAAGUCACGAUCCUCAGCAGUGA